AGGCGGAGGCCUGGCGGCCGGGCAGGGGCGCCAUGGCGGCGGCCGAGACGAAGAUCAUUUACCACCUGGACGAGCAGGAGACGCCGUACCUGGUGAAGCUGCCGAUCCCGGCCGAGCGCGUCACCCUCGGCGACUUCAAGGGCCUCCUCAACCGCCCCAACUACAAGUUCUACUUCAAGUCCAUGGACGACGACUUUGGGGUGGUGAAAGAAGAGAUCUCGGAUGACAAUGCCAAGCUUCCCUGCUUCAACGGCCGGGUGGUGUCAUGGCUGGUGUCUGCAGAGGGUUCCCAUUCAGAUGCUGGCUCAGUCUGUGCCGAUAACCAAACAGAGCUGCCACCCUCCAUGGAGCGCACGGGGGGAAUUGGAGACUCCAGGCCCCCCUCUUUCCACCCUAACACUGGGGGGAGUCGGGAAAAUUUGGACAAUGAGACAGAGACAGACUCAGUGGUGUCAUCUCAAAGGGAACGACCUCGUCGGAAAGAUGGGCCUGAGCAUGCACCCAGGGUAAAUGGGACAGUCAAAGGGGAGCGCCGUCGAGACCUGGGUGGGUACGAGAGCUCCUCUACGCUUAUGAGCAGUGAACUGGAAACCACCAGCUUCUUCGACUCAGAUGAAGAUGACUCCACCAGCAGGUUUAGCAGUUCAACAGAGCAAAGCAGUGCUUCCCGUCUAAUGAGGAGGCACAAGCGACGCCGGCGGAAACAGAAGGCUCCACGCAUUGAGCGGUCAUCGUCCUUCAGCAGCAUCACAGACUCCACCAUGUCCCUGAACAUCAUCACAGUCACACUGAACAUGGAGAAAUACAACUUUCUGGGCAUUUCCAUUGUGGGACAGAGUAAUGAGCGUGGGGAUGGAGGCAUUUAUAUUGGCUCUAUCAUGAAGGGCGGUGCUGUGGCAGCUGAUGGCAGGAUUGAGCCAGGAGACAUGCUCUUGCAGGUAAAUGACAUCAACUUUGAGAACAUGAGCAACGAUGAUGCUGUGCGGGUGCUGCGGGAGAUUGUGCAUAAGCCAGGGCCCAUCACCCUGACGGUUGCCAAGUGCUGGGAUCCCAGCCCCCGGGGCUGCUUCUCGUUACCCAGGAGUAAGUGGAUAGCUGACCCACCCUUAACGCUGGUGCCUAGCUCAUUUGCUCCCCAGCGGAUCUGGGCUGGGCCAGACUCUCCAUGCUCCGAUCCGGGUGAGCCCAUCCGGCCCAUUGACCCGGCUGCCUGGGUGUCUCACACAGCAGCAAUGACUGGCACCUACCCAGCGUACGGUAUGAGUCCAUCCAUGAGCACAAUCACUUCCACCAGCUCCUCCAUCACCAGCUCCAUCCCAGAGACUGAACGCCUCGAUGACUUUCACCUGUCCAUCCACAGCGACAUGGCCACCAUUGUCAAAGCCAUGGCCUCACCAGAGUCUGGCCUGGAGGUGCGUGACCGCAUGUGGCUGAAGAUCACCAUCCCCAAUGCCUUCAUUGGCUCGGAUGUGGUGGAUUGGCUCUAUCACCACGUGGAGGGCUUUACAGACCGUCGUGAAUCCCGCAAAUAUGCCAGCAAUCUGCUGAAGGCUGGCUACAUCCGACACACUGUGAACAAGAUCACCUUCUCGGAGCAAUGCUAUUACAUCUUCGGGGACCUUUGUGGAAACAUGGCUAAUCUGUCUCUUCAUGACCAUGAUGGCUCCAGCGGUGCCUCUGAUCAGGACACUUUGGCUCCGCUUCCCCACCCAGGAGCUGCGCCCUGGCCUAUGGCUUUCCCAUAUCAGUAUCCACCACCUCAUCCAUACAACCCCCACCCUGGCUUCCCUGACCCAGGCUACAGCUAUGGAGGGGGCAGUGCGGGCAGCCAGCACAGUGAAGGGAGCCGAAGCAGCGGUUCCAAUCGCAGCGGCAGCGAGAGGAGGAAGGAGAGGGAGAAGACCGGGGAGUCUAAGUCAGGCGGCAGCGGGAGCGAGUCAGACCACACCACGAGGAGCAGCAUGCGGCGUGAGCGCGCGGCCAGCGAGCGCUCGGUGCCGGCCAGCCAGCACAGCCAGCGUAGCCAGCACUCUCUGGCUCACAGCAUCCGCAGCCACCACAGCCAGCAGUCCUAUGGGCCUCCCGGCCUCCCCCCUCUCUUCAGCCCCCCCAUGUUGCUGAUGCCUCCACCGCCUUCAGCCAUGGGGCCCCCUGGGGCGCCACCAGGCCGUGACCUGGCCUCUGUGCCCCCUGAACUGACAGCCAGUAGACAGUCCUUCCGAAUGGCCAUGGGCAACCCCACAAAGACUUACGGGGUGUUUGACUUUCUCUGAGCCUGCCGCCUGUGGGGGGGAGAGCUGGAGCGUGGCGUGGCCCGACAGCAGGACACGGAGCUCCACGGGCGCUGGGCACACGUGGCGCUGAAGAUGGCUUCUGUCCUCCCCCUCGCGGAAGACACCCUGCCCUUCCCGCAGCCCUGAGAGGGGAGCAGGGACCAGCCUUAUAGAUGCAUUUUAAAUCCCAUUGUAGUUGCCUUUUGGCUAAUGCAUGAAUGUUCCAGGGCUUCAGUGCCUCCGGGUGGCGGAGAGGUGAUGCGGCUUGCCUCCUUCUUCUUGCCCACACAUAGGGCCAGGUCCAAGCCUGGCUCUUGCCCCAUCACAGGACCAUCCUUCACCUUGCUGGGCUGUGAGGUUCAGGGCUAGGGCUGUGCCUCUGCAUUCAGCCCAGAGUCAUGUUGGGUGCCUGCACACAGUCCUGCAUGACUCAGGGCUCCGUGCUCUCUCUUGGGUACUGGGCCAGGUCCUGCUUCCUCUGUCCUGUUCUUUGCCCUCCUGACGGAAACAUUCUGCUAGCAGUCCCAUUUGUAGGGGCUGUCCCAUGCCUGGUGCUGCUGGUGGGAGCUGUGGCCACCUCCCUCCUCCUGUGGCACUGCUGCUCAGCACUGUGAUAAUUUCAAGGGCCUGGAUGGAGUCAGAGGUGAGGGAGGGGCACAACUGGUUCACCUUCACUGUUGGGAGUCUGCUGUAUUUGCCUUAUGAAGGGUCAGAGUCUGCUUCCCUCUCUGGCUAGUGCCACGAGUGCUGCUGGCCUUGCUGCUGGGAGGGAUGAGUCUCUGGGUCAAAACUGGGACAGCCCCGCUCCCUCUGGGCUGUGAAUCAACACGAGUUCUUCAGGGAGAGAGGCUGCAGCCUGAACGUGGCCUCUGGGCUCAGCGCCUGCAGAUGUGUCAAGACAGUUGAGUCCUUUUGCUCUGAUGCUCUCUGCCUCUUUCCCUUCCUCUUUGGGUACUCAGAAAUGUGCCCUGGGCUGGGGGCAGCCCUGUCCAGGGCCAACCACGGUACAGUACAGACAUGCUGACCCUGCUCCUGUUGGUGCUAGCGUCACGGUGCUCUCUCCUACUGCCACGCUCGGGCUUCUCUGCAAGCAUUGCCUCCUUUUGUCUUUUUCAUGUUUGCAGUAUUUGUAUGCUGGAGAUGAAAUGUAUUUUCCUUCUCUGGGGUCUGCGUUGCCCCUGUAACACCACUGCCAGCUCUAAAGUGUCAUCAGUUCAUCUCGCUGUGACUCCCCUUCUCUCACCCAGUGCCCACUCUGACAUCCUGUCCCUCCCUUCAUCUUGGCACCAGCAAGAUGUCCCUUGUAUCCCCUCUCCUGCCUCCCUAGACACUGCUCAUGCCCUUGCCCUACCCUGCCCGCUGGGUUUUAUAAAAACAAAACCAACCUCCUUGUUUUUAUUUAUAAACAUAGU